UACACAUUGGAUGUGCUCACGAGUCAUUUGAGUUCUACAGUGCAAGGAACUACAAUCCAUAUUAAUAGUCCUUCGAGCUUGUUUAUAUUUCAAAUUUAUUAUCAAAGAAAGUUGUGUUUACAUUUUAUAGUGAUUUUAAUUUGUGAAUUUCGUUUUUUUAAACUUUUUGUGAAUUUUAAUAUAAUGGUUGUCCUAGAAGGCGGUGGAAUGCUUACGUCAUCAGGAAAUCAGUAUUUACAACCGGAUUAUUUAUCUCCACUUCCGACAACGCUGGAUGCAAAAAAAAGUCCAUUGGCUUUGUUGGCCCAAACUUGCAGUCAAAUUGGUGCCGACUCACCCACAACAAAACCGUUGAUUUCGACAUUGGAUAAACCAAAAAAAUCAAACAAUUCAUCAUCGGAUAUCAAUUCUUUGCCUCGUACAUCACCAGCAUCCGUCGGAUUAAAACCUGAGAAGAGAUCAACUCCAAUUGAACAUAAUAAAUCAAAUAGUGUUGCUUUCAAACCAUACGAAAAUAAUGUUACAAGUAAAAAAAGUAAUAGUGAAAAUGAUUUAAGCCAAAGUGUACGGCCCCCAUCAUCAAAAUCAAACAGUGUCAGUGAAUUUUCUAGUGUCGGUGAUAAUGGUAAAAAAACACCAAGUAGUGCUUCGCCUCCGUCGGUUACAGCUACAAGUCGGUCAACACCAACAGCAACUACAACGGAGAUUGGUAAAACAACUCCAGCUACAACAACGGCAUCAAGUGAUCGUAAAUCUGUGUCACCCGCAACAUCUGCACGAGGUGCUAGCCCAAUCAUUAGAACUGGAUUAGAAAUUUUACAAGGUCAUCCAAAAGAUAUGCCCUUAGGUACUUACAAACCUGGUAGUGUACCGUCGGGCCUUGGUGGAUUAAGUUCAUUGUGUUGUCCACCUGGAUUAGAACAUCCAAAUCCAGCAUUCCGGCCACCUUUUGCUGGUGGCAGUCCAUUUUCACAUCAUCAUGCCGCUGCGGCGGCAGCUAUGCUAGCUGCUGGAUACCCACCUACUGGUCCAGCACCUGGACCAUAUGUCAGUUAUGCUCGCGUUAAAACGCCAUCCGGCGGUGAAGCGUUGGUACCUGUGUGUAAAGAUCCAUACUGUACAGGGUGUCAAUUCAGUAUGCAUAAUCAACAAUUAUUAAUGAGUGCCGCAGCAAAUUCUGGACCAUGUCCAAGUGGUUGCACGCAAUGUGAUCAUCAAAAGUAUGGUUUAGCAAUGGCUAUGUCAUCAUUAGUACCCCCCGGGGCCAUGCCUCCAUCAAGUAUGCCACCAUAUCCACAAUUAGGUAGCCCGUAUGUGUGUAAUUGGAUUGCUGGUGAAUCGUAUUGUGGUAAAAGAUUUAGAACAUCCGAAGAAUUAUUACAACAUUUACGCACGCAUACAAGUAUUGCUGGAAGUACAUCAGCCGCGAAUGAUGCAGCUACCGCCGUUUCAACCGCUAAUGCUCAAGCAGCAGCCGCAGCUGCUUCAUCUUCUUUGUUAAAUCCAUUAUUUUCAACGGCAGCUUUACAUAGAGCUGCUGCGGCCGCUGCAGCUGGAUAUCCAAAUCCACCUCUAAGUCCAUUAUCAGCUGCAGCUAGAUAUCAUCCGUACGCAAAACCAGGAUUACCGUCCACACUUGGAGCAUCACCAUACAGUGCUUUUAACCCAACACCUUUAAGUCCGUAUUAUUCACCAUACUCCUUAUAUGGCCAAAGACUAGGGGCUGCAGUACACCCUUAAAUUUUAAAGUGAAUUAUAUAUUUGGAAUGUUGAUAAUAAACUUAUUUGCGGACUUUGUUUUGCGUUUGUCCAAAUGCCACACUGUGAUAUAAUGUUGAAUUUUCUCUAUUUUUUCUUUGCUGUAAAUAUAAAAUAUAUAUUAUAUAUAGGGUGAUCUAAACAAUUGUACUCUUAAACAAAAAUUAUGUUUCUUUCGUAUACAGGGUGUUUAGCGACGGAAAAUGCAUAAAAUAUCUAAAAU